UGGAAAACAUGGCGGCGACUGGGGAAAAGAAACUUGUACGUUCCCACAGUGGUUUGCGUAUGGUUUGCAUGAAUGCAAAUGACACCAGUCCAUUUACGUUACCAGAACCUCAAUGGAUCCCGGAUGCAGACAUGGGAUUCUGCAUGAACAGAAACUGUCAAGCCAAAUUUGAUUUCAUGAAGAGAAGGCAUCACUGUCGACGUUGUGGGAAGGUCUACUGCAAUACCUGCUGUGAUAAGAAGUUGCCACUCCCUCGCAUGUGCUUUGUUGACCCAGUGCGGCACUGCAAUAACUGCUACGAAAAUACUUUUAAGGAGAAUGAAUUCUAUGAUAAACAUCUGAAAACCCUGCUGACAGGAGGUCAGUUCCUGAUGCUGGACCAGGAUGAAAACUCUGACAACUCAGAAUCCUUCCUUUGUAAACUCUCCAACAAUCACAGACUCUUACAGGUUGUCACUACAGACAUUGAUACUCAAGAUGAGGAAGGCAACAAGAUGGGCACAGGGAUCGCUUUGAGGUACAAGGACAACUAUGAGGACAGUCAGACAGUCAAGAUGGAGGUGAUUGAUGGCAGCAACAAGAAACAGGGCAUGACGUGGGUGGCAGCCAUGCAGAAGGCCUUCAAGAUGAUAUACGAAUCUCGAACCUCCUCCUCGUCACCUUGAUGUCAGCCUUGAACAAGGGGAGAUAAUGUCAACUUUCACUGAGCACAUAGAAUCCUGGUUUGGAUUUGUGCAAGAAUUCUCAUGUCCUGAAAACACUCAAGAGUUGAUAUUUUGUUUUUAACUCCAUUGAUCUGUCAGAAUACAGCUGACUGAAGAGCAUAUGAAUUCCUUAAAACAGUACAGUGUAUUAUUUGUGCAAACCUGAUUUGUUCAGCUGUUGGAAGUAGUUUAUUUAUCUCAGUUUUGUAUGUAUAUUCUUUGCUUUGAUUUUAAAGUGUCACCUGUAUCAAAUCCAUAAUUCAAACAGAUUAUGACAUAUGGAGAGCUAAUAUAAUUCACGAAUGCUUCAGUGUUUGGGACUUAAUGUGAUAAUGAUAAAUGAUGAGAGGUGACCAGGUUGAUGCCUAUCACUGUUGAUCAGUGUUAAUGUUGUCAGUCACUGAAAUGUCUAGUCCAGCGUCGAUCUUUUGCAGACUGUGUCAUACAGCUGAAAUAUUGAAAUAAACAACAAACAAACACAGGGUUAUACUUCAGCAUUGUGUAGGCUAAUAUCACUACAGAAUGGCUUUGUUUACACAGUGGUCUUAUGCCAUCCUUAAUUAGUUUCAUGAUGAGUUAUAGGUCUUUAUGGUCUAAUUUCGGCUCUGUGGUCUUACAAUACCAGAGGCAGUGGGGUAGCCUAGUGGUUAAAGCAUUCGUUGUCAUGCUGAA